AUGAUUCGUUUCAGUUGGGUUCGCUUGUGUUCGAGCGCUAUGGCAGCGGCAGCCGCGUCACCGGACGUUCAGGCGAUAACGAGGGCUCAGGCCAUGCAGCUCGAUGACCUUUCCCCACGGAAGAUCGCUUCGAUAUUAGAUUCUUACAUUGUAGGACAGGCAGAAGGGAAGCGAGCGGUGGCCAUUUCACUUCGGAACCGCUGGCGCCGCCGUCAGAUUGAGGACGAGGGAUUGCGCCGUGAUAUUCUUCCGAAAAAUAUCCUGCUCGUUGGUCCUACCGGGGUUGGGAAGACAGAAAUAUCGCGUCGAAUGGCGAAACUCACUGAGGCACCGUUUGUUAAAGUUGAGGCAACAAAGUACACCGAGGUUGGUUUUAAGGGGAAAGAUGUGGAGAGCAUCAUUGAAGACUUAUACAGUAACGCCAAAACAAAGGCUAAGCGCCGACUGGAAAUCGAACGCGAGAAGGAGGCCCACGAACUGGCACUUGAGAUAGUUUUCAAUGGUUGGCAUUCUUGUCGUUCAGCAUCAGGCUCAUUUGGUUCCUCAACCCGCAACAGUGGCAGCGGCGAUAGCAGCGCAGAGGAAGAUAAGAAUUCGUCGUCAAGGGAUAAUGUUACGUUUGAGGAGUUUAAGGAGAAGUACAAGACUCAGUUUAAAGAUGACAUGGUUGUGAUAGACGUCACACAACAACCAAAAGGGAAUACAAAGCCAAAUGCCAGUAUUAACAGCGUCGAGAUGUUGUCAGUUGGGAUCCUCCUUGGCUUAGGCUCUGAAUCACGUGGGGUGAAGACGCGUGUGACGAAGCGUGUGGAGGAGGCGUUGCCGCUCGCGACGCAAGAGGCGCUAAGUCGUCUUGUGGACGAAACUCAAAUCAGUGCACUUGCCCGCACACUGGCUGAACAGGAUGGUGUGGUGUUCAUUGAUGAAAUUGACAAGGUUGUGACGGAGCCGGCGAGCGCCAACGCUGACGUGAGCUCCACGGGAGUACAGCAGGAUCUACUUCCGCUUAUCGAAGGGUCUAAUGUCACCUUAAAGGACGGAUCGCAGAUAAGCACGGACAACAUUCUUUUUAUUUGUUCUGGUGCCUUUCACACUGUGAAAACCUCUGAUAUGAUAGCGGAGUUGCAGGGCCGGCUGCCGGUCCGCGUGGAGAUGCACGCGCUGAAGGAGGAGGAUAUCCGACGCAUUCUCUGUGAACCUAAGUUUAACCUCUUACUUCAGCAAAAAGCGCUGAUGAAGACAGAAAACAUAGAUCUUGAGUUCACACCUGACGCUGUCGACGAGUUGGCACGGGUCACCACAAAGGUGAAUGCGAACGCUCAAAACAUUGGGGCGAGGCGACUUCAUACUGUUGUGGAGCGAGUAAUGGAUGAGUACAGUUUCAAUUGCCAAGAUUACGAAGGCAAAAAGGUCGUCAUCGACGCUGAAGUUGUGCGGAAGGCUACAGGGUCACUGAUGAAUAACAUUGACUUAGCAAAGUACAUUCUCUGA